AUGGCUCGAGGGCCCGGAAAGGCUCGCGACUUCGACUACUCCAAUGUGGGAACCGCUGGAAGACGUACCGGCAUCACUCUGAAGGAGGGGCGACGCGAUGAGCAUGGAAUGGAGGAAGUUGACGGCCUGUUUUCGUCUCCUGAGAAGUCGCCCGCCAAGUUGAAUGGGUUCAGCAACGCAGAUAAUGAGUCCUCGAUGGGCUCAGAUGGGAUGUCCAUGGACGAAGGCAACGCGCCUGGUCCCAUGGACUUUCUCAACGGCGCAAAUGGAUCACGCAAUUCUUAUUUCCCACCGCCAGUCGCACGAUCUCCUGUAAAAACUGGUCUCACCGGCUCCCCUCGGAGGACCCCCGGUCUGCGAUCCUCCCCAGACCCGCAACAUGACCUAGCAUCUAGUCCAUCUGAUGGCAAAAGCCUAGCUGAGGCAAAAAGAAACUCGCGUCAAGAUCCCUCGCCGCUCACUACUCGCUCGGUCAACGCAGGGCGUCCAAGCCAGAAAAAUAGCUCGCGACGAAACCCAAAAGCCCAAGUCGCUGUGCCCGAGCCACCGGUUGUGCAUGCUUUUUCCGAUGACGAGGGUGACGAGAAUGCGGAUUCCUUUGCACAAAUCCAACAUGACUCUGUGGAUGAGUUUGAUACUGUCAAUGAUACUGUGGUGGGCGACGACGAAAACCUGCCCGACCAUGCCGAACAAGACCAUGACAGCCCCGGUAGCGACUCAUUCUUGGCCCAGAGGGGCACCAACCUGGCAGAACAGCCCGCCCAAAAGUCCAAGAAGACUAAGAAAGGCGCUGUGCCGAAAAUUGCCAAAGAGAGCAAAGACCCCGCGAACCCCUCCGGCAGACGUGGACGACCUUCCAAAUCCCGACGUCCUGCUGAAGAAGAAGAAGCUGACCCGAGACCGACCAAGAAACUUAGGACAUCUGGCAAGGGGGCUCAAGUUGCGCGUGAACCGUUAGAACCCGAACUGGACCGUGUGGUUGAAAAUUACGCCAACCGAACGGGUCCCUUGAAGGGACGAAGCUUGUAUAUUCUCAAACGCGAAGAUCCCGCAGCCAACAGUGCUACCCACACCCGCUCUGGUCGGGUAUCAGUCCGGCCCCUCGCGUACUGGCGCAAUGAACGGUGCGUGUUCGGUGAUGGGGAGGCGGCUGAAGGCCAGCGAUACCCCCUCUCGACCAUCAAGGAAGUUAUUCGUACGGAGGAUCUUGAACCCACCCAGAAAAAGAAAGGCAAACGCGCGGCUCCUCGGAAGUCCAAGUCUCGAAGGCGUGAGGAGGAGGAUUCGGACGAAGAGGACGAGGAAUUUGAUCUAUGGGAGAAAGAAGGCAACGGUGUCCUGCAUGGGUACAUCCUGAAAUGGGACCCCAAAACACAAACCAGCACCAAAGAAGAAGAGGUUCUUGACAUUGCAUACGCUCCUUCUGGUAUCGAAACGCGAGAGGUUAAAGACUCUACGUUCCGGUUCGCCAAACUACUCAGCUCGACAUUCAUUGGGUCUGGCGUUGUUGAGCUUCCGUCCAAAGGCGUCAAGAAGCCCAAGAACUCCAAAAAAAUGCACAUGGUCUUCUAUGUCUGCCACGGGCGCGUGCAAGUCGAUAUCUCGGGAGUUCAGUUCAGCGCCGGGAAGGGAUGUGUUUUCCAGGUUCCGCGAGGCAACUACUAUAGUUUUGCGAACCCGCAUGAGAAGGAAGCCCGACUCUUCUUCACGCAGGGCUGCGUCCCUGGCGAGGACGAUAUGUCGCUUCCCUCGUCCAAGGAGACCGGUCCUGAGAGCGAGUUUGAAACGGUCAAUGCUCCUACCCCUGCUCCCACUACUGGAAAAGGAAGAGGUCGCCGCCCCAAGGGCAAGCAGAAGGCCGGAAAGUAA